AUGCCUCCACCACAGAUCCCAAAUCACUACCUGCGCAGAAAAGGCGACGGGUCGGCCGCGCUUGCGACGAAUGUCGCAGAAAAAAAAAUCAAAUGUGAUGGCAAACAGCCAUGCACUCAUUGCACGGUCUAUAGUUAUGAGUGUUCGUACGACCAACCUUCCAACCGUCGUCGAAAUCCUGCCCCGCAGUAUGUCGAGGCCCUUGAAAAUCGGCUCCAAAAAGCCGAAGCCCUCCUUCGAAUUGUUCUCCCAAAUGUCGACCUCGAUGAUCCGCAACUAGACGUACAUGCGACAGAACAGAAAUUCACAGCCGCUCAAAAAUCGAAACAAGCGACCGAAGAUGCCAAACCGUCGAUUGUACAAGACACAGUGCAAGAAGGGGCAGAUGAGGGCCUAUUGGAAACCAUGGUCGACAAUUCGGGCUGCUUAGAUCGGGAUGAUCAGGGCCAUUGGGAUUAUCAUGGGCACACCUCGGGUGUUCUCUUUGUUCGCCGGUUACGCAAACAGUUGGGCGCCGCAGAUAUCUCGGGCCCAAUGGCACGAUCGCGCCCCUCGAUAACCGCGCAUAUGCUAGAUAGUCCGAAGUCUAUGUCCGAAUCGCCUCAAGACACAACAUUACCUCCUACACAUGACCUGCCUCCACGGGAGGUUGCGCGCCGCCUAUGUCACAAUGCGAUCGACCAUGCCUGCUCGUUGAUGAAAUUUGUGCAUAUACCCUCCUUUUUCGCAAGUCUGGAUCGCAUUUACGAUACUCCCCCGGAACAAUUCACGAACCAAGAGAACUCUUUCCUGCCGCUUUUAUAUAUCGUCAUCGCCGUUGGCUGCUUGUUCUCGGACGAUGAAUCGGGGCAGGGCACCCUGGAUUUGUCUGGCUACGAAGACGCUAUAGGCCAAGGGUUCCAAUUUUUCAAGGCUGGUCGGCAACUGCUGGAGAUCACCGACUGCCGUGACUUGGUUUCUCUGCAGGCAAUCUGUUUUAUGGUCCUCUUCCUCCAAUCCUCUGCGAAGCUGAGCACAUGCUACUCAUAUGUGGGAAUUGCACUUCGUUCAGCACUGCGAUUAGGUCUCCAUCGCUCUGUUGCGGCAGACUUUAACCCCCUUGAACGAGAACUUCGAAAGCGCAUCUUCUGGGUCGUCCGCAAGAUGGACAUCUACGUGAGCACGCUCUUGGGACUCCCUCAGAUGCUGAGUGACGACGAUAUCGAUCAAGAGUACCCAAUGGAGGUGGAUGGUGAUUAUAUUACUUCGGAAGGAAUCACUCAACCCCCGUCUAACUAUACACCCCUGAUGGCUGGAUGCAAUGCACACACGCGUCUUUCCAACAUCAUUCUGAAGGUGGUGAAAUAUAUCUACCCCGUCAAGAAUGCUCGCUACCGCUCCAAGUCAGACCAGCGAUACAUGGUCAGCCACUCGAAAAUUCGGGAGAUCGAGCGAGAUCUGCAAAAUUGGAUGGAGGAAUUGCCUCCUGCUCUGCGACCGGGCACAGAAGUGUCGCCGCAGCUUGAACGUGUACGGCAAUUGCUUCGUAUAAGCUACGCCCACGUGCAGAUGGUCAUGUACCGCCCGUUCCUCCACUACGUGUCUGGUGGCUCUCAAGCGCGUGGCGUGGACAAGCGCUCGUAUGCCUGUGCAGCUGCCUGCGUCAGCGUUUCCCGAAACAUUGUUCACAUCACUACCGGAAUGCAAAAGAGAGGACUUCUCAAUGGAUCCUUCUGGUUCACCAUGUAUACGACCUAUUUCGCUAUCCUCUCCUUGAUCUUCUUCGUGCUUGAGAAUCCGGAUUCACCUACAGCCAAAGAUGGUGUCCUGAAGGAUGCCAUGGAGGGCAAAAAUACCCUAGCCGGAUUGGCCAAAAAAAGUCUUGCUGCCGACCGGUGUUCUCAGAGCUUGAACUGCCUUUUCAAGACAUUGCCCGAGAUGUUGAAAAAUCGCCAGAGCUCAAAGACUCCUGUCAAUCUCAAGCGGCCCGCGCCAUCCAACACUGCCGAGCCUGAACUGAAGAUUCAGCCUUCCUUCGAGAAAACGCUGCCACAUCGGUCAAGCACUUUCCCAGUGCAGAUGAUGUCCCAGACUCCUGUUAACGAUGGCCAGAACCGCCGACAACGAAGUCUGGACAAUGUCCAGCCUGUCAGCAAUCGCUCUACUGACAUUAAUCAUCAGUCCACUUGGAUUUCAAACACGCCCGAGCUGCUGACGGAAACCAUGACCACCCCGGAACAUAUUUCCUCAUCAGGCAUGACACCCUCUAUGCCCACUCAAGAACCAUCAAGUCUAGCAUGGGCUCAGCAAUUCACCAAUCCGUCCAACCUCCCAGAUCUCAUGCCAAUGAUGUUCCCAUCAGAUGAUCCAUUCGCAUACCCAACACAGCCCAUGUCUACCUUGGAAGAUGAUCACUUCCGGCACGACGCUUCAGGCAUGUCAUCGAAGUAUCCCUUCGAUUCAGCGCCAGGCAUGGGACCCGCCACACCCGGCGACCCCUCCAGCGCAGCGGUCUCCACCCCAACCUUUGACUUCACAAACCUCCCGAAUUACCCCAUGGCAAAUCCCCCAGGGAUCAAGUCAUCAGUACCAAGCCACCUCCGCCCCUCCCACUCUCGAACCUCGUCCCGCGUCCACUCCCCAAUCUCGCAGAGCCAAACGCCAUCAGAGGUGAUCAGCAGUCCAGACCUGGUCUCAAUUCCGAACCAGAAUUUCGUCUGGCAGGGCUACAAUUUCCAGCCCAACAAUCCGAACGAAAUGGGAACCGAGUCCGCACCACAACAGCCAGAAAUGCCCGGUUCAAAUGGAUUGCCUAAUCUCAGCAUGGGCAUGGAUGAAAGUAUGGGUAUGGAUAUGGAUCUGGGGAUCUCCUUUGAUGAUCUGUUUGGCAAUAAUGCCGCGUAUCGACCGAACAAUGGGGCGUCUGCUGAGGAUUGGGCUCAGUGGAUGAAUGCCAACAGCAUUUAA